AUGGAGAAAUUAGAGGAACUCCAAACGACCGUACACCUCCAAAGUGAUCGCAUUUCUCAGUUAGAGGUGCAGAACCGGAACUUCGAAAAACUUAUAGCCAUCGAUCUCCACAGCAACGAAAACAAGCAAGAUGAACGGAUUUCUAUUCUAGAAAAGCAGUACUUGCGUUUAGAUAAAAUUUUGUUAAAACAUUCGAAGGACAUUUUAGCUGAGAAAAUAUUGAAUAGGACCACAAAGAAAACGAUUUCCAUGUUUCUGAGGAGACAGUAUGUCCAUGAGAAACUAUACAGGGGACUAAAAAAUCGAGUGCAAAAUGUUAUACAUUUCCUGAGGGAAAAGUCCUCCUUCCCUAAUGCCGUCAUCAAACACAAAGACAGUUUGACAAGAAAAGAGCGAUUGCUUGCUCCUGUGACAACUUCUUCAUCACAUGAAAACAUUGUUGCUUUCUAUGUGUAUUUAUCAAAGGAUAUUCCAUCUCCCAGCGCACACCAUAUCCUCAUAUUUGAUUCAAUAAUCACAAGUGCUGGAAAUGCCUACCAUCCUCAUUAUGGAACAUUCAUAGCGCCUCGAUCUGGUCUUUACGUGUUUACAUGGACAAUAAGAAUGGCUGGAGCAUCAGAUCACACAGUCGAAUUGCUGAUCAAUAACAAUUUUGUUGGGUCGACGUAUCUAAACUCAGGUAAUACUAUAGAUGGCAGUGUUACUGGUACUGUGGUGGUACACGUUAACCAGGGAGACGAUGUGCUUAUGAGAACGGGUGGAACAUACAACAGUGGUAACAUUAUAAGUAACCCUGCUGGAAAAUCAUCGUUUGCAGGGUGGUUAUUAGGUUAA